AUGGCGAGUUUAGGCACGAUUCUGAGAUAUCCAGAUGAUAUAUAUCCGCUUUUGAAGAUGAAACGAGCGAUUGAACAAGCCGAGAAGCAGAUCCCUUCUGAGCCACACUGGGGUUUCUGCUAUUCGAUGCUUCACAAGGUUUCUCGAAGCUUUUCUCUCGUUAUCCAGCAAUUAGGCACCGAGCUUCGUAACGCUGUGUGUGUGUUCUAUUUGGUUCUUCGAGCUCUUGAUACUGUUGAGGAUGACACAAGCAUACCAAAUGAUGAAAAGCUUCCCAUCCUGUUUGCUUUCCACCUGCACAUAUACAAUACUGACUGGCACUAUUCAUGUGGUACGAAGGAGUACAAGGUUUUGAUGGACCAAUUUCACCAUGUUUCUGCAGCGUUUUUGGAACUUGAAAAAGGGUAUCAAGAGGCUAUAGUGGAAAUUACUAAAAGAAUGGGUGCAGGAAUGGCCAAAUUUAUCUGCCAGGAGGUAGAAACUGUUGAUGACUACGAUGAGUACUGCCACUAUGUUGCUGGGCUUGUGGGUUUAGGCCUGUCUAAACUCUUCCUUGCUUCAGGAUCAGAAGUUUUGACUCCAGACUGGGAGCAGAUUUCCAAUUCAAUGGGUUUAUUUUUACAGAAAACAAACAUUAUCAGGGAUUAUCUUGAGGACAUUAAUGAGAUACCAAAGUCCCGCAUGUUUUGGCCUCGCAAGAUUUGGGGUAAAUAUGCUGCCAAGCUCGAGGACUUAAAAUACGAGGAGAACUCAACCAAAGCAGUGCAGUGCUUGAAUGAAAUGGUCACCAAUGCAUUGAUGCAUAUUGAAGAUUGCCUGAAAUACAUGGCUGCGUUGCGUGAUCCUUCCAUAUUUCGGUUCUGUGCCAUUCCUCAGAUCAUGGCGAUUGGAACACUUGCAUUAUGCUAUAACAAUGUGCAACUAUUUAGAGGGGUCGUGAAACUGAGGCGAGGUCUGACUGCUAAAGUUAUUGAUCGCACAAAGACAAUGGCUGAUGUCUAUGGUGCGUUCUAUGAUUUUUCUUGCAUGCUGAAAACAAAGGUUGACAAGAACGAUCCAAAUGCCAGUAAGACACUAAACCGAGUUGAAGCCGUUCAGAAAAUCUGCAGAGACACUGGAGUCCUUCAGAAGAGAAAAUCUUAUAUUAAUGACAAUGGACAACCAAACAAUGUCUAUAUUGUAAUGGUUGUGAUUCUACUGGCCAUAAUCAUUGCAUAUCUCAGAGCAAACUGA